UUUCGACUUGGAACCAACCGAUUCGCGGGGGCGUCGGAGCCAGCGUUAUUAUCGCACUGUGAAGUAAAGGGAGCUAUGGCCAUCACCAAGGAACAACACGAUGAACUUGCCGUGUCGUAUGCGGCCUUGAUCCUCUUCGAUGGAGAAGCCGAAAUCACGUCGGAAGCCCUCUCGACCGUGAUCGCUGCCUCGGGCAACGAAGUGGAACCUUACUGGCCCACGUUGUUUGCCGGUUUGUUGUCCAAGGACGGCAAGAUGCUCGAACUGAUCACGUCCGGUGGUGCCAUCGGUGGUGGUGCUGCUGCUGCCCCUGCCGCUGCUGCCGCUGCCGAUGCUGGCGCUGCGGCCCCGGCCAAGAAGGAAGAGAAGAAGGAAGAAGAAGAUGCUGACUUGGGCGGCGGAAUGGACAUGUUCGGCGGAGGCUCCGACUAUUAAGCGACGAAAUCCCAGAUAGACUUUAGUGUGUUCCGUGACGCUCAAGAUUUAGCGGCCGACUGCUGCGUCGAUCUGUGAUUUUGGCUAAUAUAGGACUCUUCCCUUCGCAAUCCACA